UGCGAACGUAACACGAUACGCAGUGAGCCGGAUUUUGAAAUAAGAAUGCUGUAAAUAAUUGACAUAUUCGAUUACCCAGGCUCCCCCUCAUCUUCCUUGAGUAAUCGUCGAUUAAUAAAAUACAGAAACUUGAUAAUAAACCGUGCCAUUGCACAGCAACGAAGCCUUACCAAGAAAUACACACCGACUAUGGUUGUACUGAGCCGCGUUGGUUCGCCGACGAUGUCAGCGACAGUCGCCGGUAAUCAGCAACAGCAACACCCUCACCAAGAAUGGGACAUAAACGACUCGAAUGUGCCUAGAGUUGUCGAUUACGACCCGUGGUGCGAGUGGGCCGACGGUCACGUCAGACGGGUCUACGGCCCGGAUUGCGAAGAGGCAAGGAGACACGCGUCCGGCUGGGCGAUGCGAAACACGAACAAUCACAACGUCAGUAUUCUCAAAAAAUCUUGCCUGGGUGUUCUAGUCUGCUCUCUCGGAUGUCUACUUCCUGGCGGUGGACGCGUUCACCUUCGUCCAGCUAUUUGUGACAAGGCUAGAAAAAAGCAGCAGGGCAAACCGUGCCCGAAUCGUCAAUGCGGAGGUCGUCUGCAGAUUCUCUCCUGCCGCGGUCACUGCGGUUACCCAGUGACACAUUUUUGGAGGCACACAGAGCACGCGAUAUUCUUCCAGGCCAAAGGACAACAUGACCAUCCGCGACCCGAGGCCAAGUCCACGUCUGAGGCGAGACGAAGCGUCGGUGCCGGAAGACGGGUUCGAGGACUGGCAGUUCUUUUGGCGAGAGAAGCCGCCCUUGGAACGAAGUUAAUGUCGCUGAGGGGUACGAAACGCGUGAAUUCGGAACCUCUGGAGGUUCCCGCAACUCGAAUGGCGCAACCUCCUCCGCUGGUAUCAGACAAAGGUUAUUCCUGUUCCUGUCCACCCUUCGAGUGCAUCUGUGGUCUGCAGAGUAGCCUAUCGCCUUACCAACCGACUCCCCACGGUCAUCAUAACCAACCGAGUAUUUACCCUCACCAGGUCACCUCAAGCGCAGGCGAAACCCCGUACUGGCUGCAGGAUUCACUACCAAGCCAGGAGCCGAGCAUCGGCGGAAUGCAAGGCUAUUGUUCGACCGCAGGAGUCGGUCAGGUUUCGCAAGUGCCGCAAGAGGCUGCGUACGCUGACUUCUCUUCGUUCACCGGAGACCUCUUCCAGCCUGAAGAAAUAUUCCAGCUGGACCAGCCGCUCCGUCCGGAAUUUCCGAGCGCCGGAAACGGCACUCAAGAUGUGACCAGGUCGCCACCCAGCCUUCUUGACCUUGGCAGCGGGACGAUAAAGUACGAGGCGUCGAAGAGUGACUCUGACCAGACGACGACCUACUGGAACCAAUUGCUGAGCGAGGACUCGAGCAGCAGCCACUUAAGCCUGACUCCGGUGCAAGACGAGCGGCUAGCUUUUCCCGGCUUUGAGGGGUCCAGACGACAGCCUGCCGACUGCUAUAUUGCCGGGCACAAGGACCUCACGGAGCAGAGUCAAUGCAUCAACGAUUCCGCGGCUUACCAAACGCGACAUAAAAACGGUACCGAAUCGUCAUUUUGGGCCCAGCAGCAAAAUGACGAGAGGAUGAACUUUCCCGGGCUUGAUCAGCAGCGGAGAGCAGGCUGCUUUCCCGUCGAUAAGGAAGAUACCGUGAAUUGCCACACCGUCAAUGACAGAACGACGAACUCCGUUUUCGGACCUGCCUAUGCACACCGCGCUCGGGGGCCGAAGGACCCGGGGGACGGGACACAUCUCGGAUUCAGCAGCUUUGAAAGUUACCAUCAGAUGGCAGAGCAGCAGCCGAAUCAGUGCGUCAAGACCUCUGAGGACGUUUUUUACUACCCUGGUAAUGAACGGUGUCAUUACACCUGCGAAGUGCUCGAUACUCGACUUCCGCAGAUGCCCGUUAGUAUUGGGGUGAAUGGAGGCGGAGCUCCUGACCAGGGCAUCGCUUUUGGGGAUGUACCGGAACUGGACAUGGCACCGUUCGUCGACUACACCUUCGUCGGCAUGCUGUGCAGCCCUGCGGACAAUGAACCGAUACCACCUCAUUCGAUACCGAUACCUGGUUCGGGGUGCGGCGCCCAACCGACGCAAGCGUACGUCGGUCACCACUAGAUGUUACUAUAUUAUCAUUAUUCUUGUUUUAGGUAUGAAUAUAAAUAUAAAUAUAUGUGUAUAAUAUUGUAUAUAUACCGUAAAAUUACGUGGAUGCGUACCACAGGGACUCAUAAUUACAGACAAUUCAGGGCACAC